GAUAUUGAUCAAGUGUUGAUUAGCUAAUUGUGAUCGUAAUUAGAUUUUCAUCUCCAUGGUUACGAUGAAAAUAAACAUUACCGAUAACAAAUCAACUCGAAGAUUGGAAAAAAACAAAUUUACUCUUUAAAUUGUUUAACUAAGAUGGAUUCAGAUGAUCAAACAAUCAGUGGAUUGUUAGACGAUCAAUUAACCCUUGAUGAUAGUCAAUCAAACAAUGGCGGUGAUAAGUCAACAAUUAAACCAGAAAUUAAGUCGAAAUGGUUGAUCGCUUAUAACGACAAUUUAUGUUCGUUGUACACUUUGACCUCUUGUAUUUGUUUCGUUGAUUUAAAUGGUGACGGAGAUCAGAAAUUAGUGAUCGCUGACCUUGGAAACGGGAUUCAAGGAAUGAAGUUAAAUGUCUACAAGGGAACAUUCAUUUUGUCCCAAUUAACGCUAAUCGAUUGUCCAUCGGGUGUGGUCAGUUUCUAUAUGGACUCAAGUUCACCUCGAAUCCCGGCGAUCGGGGUCGCUUCGGGUUCUUAUUUGUACAUUUACAAGAAUCUAAAGCCGUUCUAUAAGUUUGGCCUUCCAAGCCUCGAGAUUAAUUCAACGGAACAAGAAGCCUGGAAACAAUUAACUGAUGAUAAAAUUGAUGGAACACAAUUAAAGGUUUUACUUGAAAAUUUAAAGGUCGAAAUUGGUGAAUCGGGUCUUACCGCUCGAUCUCAGUGUUUACUUGAUCUCAACGAUUCCAGUUCAAUUGAGGAUUUUAUCGGCCGAUAUAAAGAUCAACCGUUAAAAAGGUCAACAGUUAUCACUUGUAUUGCGACAAUUAAGAAGACAGUUGAUGAAGAUAAUAAUCUUAAUUGUCUAAUCAUCGGCACAGAGAAUAAAGAUAUUCUCAUAAUCGAACCUGAUGCAUUUACGAUUCUAACAUCGGUUCAACUUCCCUCGAUUCCAGUUUUUCUUGAAAUCAGUGGACUUUUCAACGUUGAAUAUCGGGUAAUUGUCUCAUGUCGAGAUGCUUGUAUUUAUACAAUUAAGAGAGGAUUUAAAACAGGUCGACUUUGUGUUCAACUUAAUUCUCAACCCGUUGGCUUGAUCCGUCACAAUAAUAACAUAAUUGUGGGCACGAUGGAUCAGUGUUUAGCCUGUUACACGAUUAACGGUAAUUGUGUCUGGAAGAUUAAUCAAUCCGCUGGAAUUACUUGUUUAGCAGCAAUUGAGAUUGAAAUACUUGGUUUAACCUUAAUUGCUGUGGCAUUGGAAUCACGGGUUAUCGUUUUUUACAAUGGGAAAUCAAAAGUGGACCUAAUCGAGACGGACAAUGUGAUAACUUCAAUGAAAUUUGGUCGUUACGGUCGUGAGGAUAAUACUUUGGUUAUGGUCUCACGAUCAGGGUCAUUGUCAAUUCGUAUACUCAAACGAACGGCAAAAUUUACUUUAAUUGACAAUGAUUACAAUUCAACCAACUCGAGGUCAACAAUUAAAAUGAACAUUCCCAAAAAGACGAAGCUAUUUGUUGAACAAUCAGUUCGAGAACGCGAAGAAGCGAUUGCGAUUCAUCGGAUCUUUCAACAAGAUUUGUAUCGAUUACGAUUAACUGUCGCUCGAGCUUAUGUUAAAGCGAUCGCUUCGUCUUUAAAUCCAAUGUCAACCAAUACAAUUGAUCCGUUAAAAUUAUCGGCCCAAGUUCAUGGACUUGGACCGAUAUUCAAGUUAAUUUUGGAAAUUCAAAACACUUCACUUGAUCAACCUUCCAACAAUUUAAAUCUAUUUUUCUAUUGCGAUGUUAAAAUUUACCGAAUCAAUCGUAACGUCAUCCCGAUUCCUUAUUUAAAACCUGGUUACCUUUAUACCUUUGCCACUAAGGUUGAAUCAAUUAACGAACUAAAUUUAUCUGAUUUCAUUAAGAUUCAUGUGGUUAGAGAUGGAGAGUGUAUCCCAAUCAUCACUGCGAUCAUCAAUAUGCCUUCGAGUGAAACACCAAUUUAAAUCAUCGGGUUAAUUACCUAAAUCAUUGUAAUGUGAUCAACAGAUGAACACACAAAUU